AUGUUGAUGAUGGAGAGGAAGACACUGUGGAAGCAGAAGUGUGUGUGUGUGUGUGUGUGUGGUUUGUUCACAGAGGCAGAGGAGCUGUACCAGCGGCGCGUGUUGACCAUCACAGGCAUCUGUGUGGCACUGUUGGUAGUGGGCAUGGUCUGUGUGGCGGCAUACUGCAAAACCAAGAAGCAGAGGAAGAAGAUGCAUGGCCACCUGAACCAGAACCAGUGUGUGGAACAGCCCAACCGCAUGCUGGCUAACGGUCCCAACCACCCUGGGCCAGGCCCUGAGGAGAUCCCCAUGGUCGACUACAUCUCAAAGAACGCUCCUACCACAGAGUGUAGUAUUAUACAGCAUGGACCAGAAGAAUCCGUAAACUUCUCAGGAAGCCGAAUGUCCACCAGAUCCCACCACUCAUCUACAGUCUCCCACAACUCCAGACAUGAGGAGCGGACGUGGAGUAUAGAUAGGACAGACAGUAUGAACUCAGACUUCCAGUCAGGGGCGCUCUCCUCGUCAGUGGGCACCAGUAAAUGCAGCAGUCCGACCUGCAUGGAGGCACGGGCACAGAGGGCCGCCUACUGGGGCUGUUCUGAGGGAGCCAGCCUGCAGUAUGGAGACUCCUACGACUCUCUGAGAGAUUCACCUCACAGCGACAGGUAUGUGUCAGCGUUGACCACGCCAGCCCGUCUGUCACCCGUUGAGUUCCACUACCCCCCGCUGUCCCCCCAGGUGCCCACCUUCCACAUCACCUCUCCCAACACGUGCCACGCCCUCGCCCUGCCGCCUGCCGCCGCAGCCUACCACCGGGAGGAUGACCAGCCCCUGCUGAGAUUCCCCCAGGAUGGACUGUUGUACCGACAGCCCCGCCGCCCACGCCAACCCUACCUAACGGAGAGCACGGGCAGCCUUCCAUCCAGCCCCUACCGUCUCCCUGACGACGAGGCCUACGAGACCACGCAGGAGUACGCCUCCUCCCGCGAACCAAUCAGGAGCCGCCGGCGCCCGCGUCGGAACCGCCUCAACGGACACUUCUCCCAGCGUGCAAUGGGCCUACGGGACUACAGCUCUCAGAGCUUCAGCCAAUCAGAAGAAGAGGAGGAGGAAGAGGAAGGGCACGGGGAGAGCACGCCCUUCCUCAGUAUGCAGAACAUGAACAUGGAGCCGUGCGAACGUGGGUGCCGAUCAUCUACUGCCCCUGGCACCACCACUGACAUACGGACUCACCGGGCACAGGGGCGACCAAGCACCCGCAGCAACGGACACAGUAAAUUCCCCCAGUCGCGCUCCUUGACACAUGGCAACACACCCCUUUAAGACCUGUCCACCUUGACCACUGACCUCUAACCCCUGACCCCAAAACCUUUGACCCAACUAAAGACAACAGUGGAGUAGAGACAUAUUUUUAUUUUGUAUAACAGACAGAUAUUCUAAACAAAUGAAAUAUUUAUUUUCAUUUUAGCAAAAAUUGUCUACUAGCUAACAGCAAAUACUUUUUUUAUAGGGAAAAAUAUUUAUAUGUAAAGUUUUUGAUUUACAGCAUUAUGAGAGAAAAAAUUAUUCCGUGCCAAUUUUUUCACGAGUUAGUCAAUAGAAUAAUAUUGUGGUGCCUUUUGCUGUGUGCUGAAGCCAGAGGUCCAGUUGAGUUUUUGUAGCCUUUCUAAUACAGACUCCUCAUUUUAUAGACCUCUUUACUUUGACUUGCUCUGAUUUAGGAUCUCUCUGUUUGAACUGUGAUAUGAUUCUGGCAUCAUGCAAUAUGAGUCACCCCUGUGUAAAGGUUUAUGUUUACAUGAGAAUGAUCCACAUACAGUUGUUUUUUUCAUGGGGACAUUUAUCACAGACGCAACUGGGUGUGGUGUCCUGUCCUGGUACAGGAAGUGAUGCGCUAGUUUUUGAUGAGUCGCUCCAACUAACUUACAUCGGUCAUUCAGGUCAUCAUCCGCCGCCUGUCAUUGUCUGUGUAUUGUUUUAGAGGAAUGCAGGUGAUCCAAGGUACCUUCACAGGUGUUCAGGGUUUUUAAAUGGGCGUGAGUGUGUGUGUGUGUGUGUGUGUGUGUGUGUGUGUGUGUGUGUGUGUGUGUGUGUGUGUGUGUGUGUGU